AUGCUUGCGGACCAGCAGCGCCCUCUUCCAUUAUCAACCACAACUCCACAAAUUCAGUUGGUAUCUCAGGCGGACGAGAUUGAUCUGAAGGGACGUGCAAUAAGGUUCCUAGAUUCUAUCAACAGUACCCCGCACAACGUCCCGAACUACCCACCAAAUCCAUUUGCCAUCGUUACUUUCACAUCUCCAGUACGUCGUCUCUCAGUUGCAAAUACCGGCAGCAGUAUCAGCUUAUCGAGGGCGCAUUCCGUCCUUUCUUCGAUCUACCGAUCGAUAGCGGCCGCGGGAAUAAGAAGCACGUCUCGUCACAAGAUGGCCCGGGAGGAGGGGCCGCUGCUCAAUCGAUUACUGAAUGCCACUUCCGUCUCCGAACAGACAGUAGCACUGCGGGCGCUGAAACAUGAAAUAAUUGGUCACGAUCAGAGGAAGGAGAGCUGGGUCAGUUCGGGCAUUGUGCAGAUAUUAUCACGGAUUUUGGAAUGCUCGUCACGAGAAGAGUAUGAGGCGAAUAAGGAAGUCGUGUCCGGUGGACGGCGGGGAGGGGACCUUACAGGCAGGGCAUUGAUGACGGAGGAGCAGGAAAUUUGCUUGCAGGCUGUUAUUAUCAUGGGCAGUUUGGCUCAAGGUGGCCCUGCUUUUAUCUCUCCCAUAAUGGCCAGUGAAGCCAUUCCUUCUAUGCUUGCCAUUAUCUCGUCAACCGAUUGCCCACAGUUGCUUACAGUCGCCAUUCUCAAAACGCUAAGCAACAUCGCGGAUCGCUACCCACUCCAGAAUAUAAAUUGGCCUCAGGAUAACCGUCUGGCAGAGAUAAUGUUUACUCCUGAAACUAUUGGAUGUUUUGCUCGUAUAAUCGCUUCAAAUUCGUCCUCUGUAGCAACACAAACAUGCGCAACUUUUGCUGCGAAUAUCAUCACCAGAUUAUGCACCGAGGAGACUCAUAAGGUCGCUUUGGCGGAAUUUGGUAUUCUGGAUGCUUUAGCCUUGAAGAUUGCAUCUUUUGUCGUUUCCCAAGGAUUUGUAUUACCCGGUGCAGAGAAUCAUCUAGGUCAAGACGGAGCAUUGUCUAUGCUCCCGCAGCCAGCUCCUCCAGCAGCAAAACUAGGCCCAAUCCUGCGUGCGACUUCAAUCAUUGUUGAGAAUUCAAAAUGGCGUGCAGAACAUUUUCUUUCCUCGCCGGGCAUUGUGACCGUGUUCCCGGGACGGCUUCCGGAAUUCUCGCCUACAGACAUCAAGAGGAAUCCAUGGGGAAUGCCGUAUCUGUCAGGAUCGGCUGUUCCCCGCCAGAACCAUACGAAUCCAAUGGACGCUCUACUUCCCGUUGUUCCUCUUGCGCAAAACAAUGCUUCUACAAACUUUCCACCUCUGGUCCCAAUCGGGUCGUUUCAUAAGCGCUCGCUCUCGUUUCUAGAGGCGCCUUCGUAUGAAGAAGACGAGAGUGCACUUGUGCCGUGGCUGUUCCACAUGGUCAGAACAGAGAAUGGCAUGUCUCGUGUGAUGGCAGCUCGGCUAGUCACUGGUCUGUUCAGACUUGGAUUAGCUAGAAAGCAUCGGAUUCCCAUGUUCAACUAUCUGGUAACUCCGUUACUACUCAGGAUGCUUGACAAGGACUAUGAUUUCAGGGACGAAUCGGACCCUGAAUUUGAUGGUAUGAUUCCAACGGCUAUAAGUCUGAAAGAGGAGAUACCGUCAAUUAUCGCUACAUUGGUCAUGGACACGCAGGAAUUGCAAAAACAUGCUGUUGAAGCAGACGCUAUCAAGAUCCUCUCCCAGCUUCUCAAAGAAACAUACAACCCACACUCCGAAAAUGGCAAACCCAUGUGGUACGCCGAAAGCAAAGACAAAGAUAUGUUAUCGGCUGUACCAGCAACUCUGCAAUUGGGGCCUGUUGGCUACAGUCCGAUGACCUGUCAUAUAAUGCGAUACCGAGAAGGUAUUUUGCGGGCGUUAGCAGCGCUCGCACCAUUCAGAGACGAAUAUCGAAAGGCAAUUUGCGAAAACGGAGUUGUUCCUUACAUAAUCGACUCUCUCAAGCCUCGACCGCCAGUGGAAACGCAGGAUAUAACAGGCACAAAGACUACCGCUGCAGAUGGCAAUUCUAUACCCACUCUGCUUGCAGCGUGUGGUGCCGCCAGGGCUCUUACGCGUUCUGUCAGUGUGCUAAGAACGAGUCUGAUUGAUGCGGGAGUCGCUACUCCUCUGUUCGAGUUGAUCAAGCAUCGGGAUAUUGAGGUAAAAAUAGCAGCGACAUCGGUAAUAUGCAACAUUGCACUGGAUUUCAGUCCUAUGAAAGAGGCGAUUAUAUCUGCUGGUAUCCUUCCUAUCCUUUGCGAUCAUGCUCACUACAACAACACGAAACUUCGCUUGGAGUCACUUUGGGCUCUCAAGCAUAUUGCAUAUAACUCGACAAAUGAUAUCAAAAACAGAAUUGUGACUGGUCUUGGUGCCCCGUGGCUAGCAGAAAUCAUGUCAAUGGACCCAACCAGUCAACGAAGUCUUGCGGCAGACUUCAAGAUGGGUAUGGGAACAUCCAACUCGGCUGGUGAAAAGGUUGACUUGCUCAACCCGAUGGAAGAUGCUUCUAGAGCGGAGGAAUCAAGAGACGAUGCACUAGCAGGUGGUAGUAGUCUUGAUGCUCUUCUCGCGGACCCAAAUCGACGGAAAAAACUGGCCAUGAGCGGGGAGAUCGAUCAGUCACGGCAGGCGAGACAAGAUGACAUCGCAGUACAAGAGCAAGCCCUAGACUUGGUCCGCAACAUCAUGUGUGGGAACGGUGCAGCGGAGAUUGUCGACUUCUUUCUCGCCGAAAUUGGUCACCACCAGUUUUUGAGCAUAUUGGCAGAGAAAAUGCGACCGAGACCAAAUCCCACUCGACGCGACACCGCAGCGAAUCCUCCUCCACCACCAAUGCCAGCCGAAAUUCUCGUUGCAGUUACCUAUGUACUCGUCAAUCUCGCAGCUGGGCCACCCAAACAACGAGACCUUCUAUUCACACACCGCGAACUUCUCAAAAAUCUGAUGUGGCUAUUUGAGCACCCCAACCGCGUCGUCCGAGUAAAUUGCGUCUGGGUAGUGAUCAACCUAACGUACGAGGACGACCAAAGCGAUCGCUCAGCAUCCCACGAUCGAGCAGUAAAACUCAAAUCAUUGGGCGUGAUAGAUCGCCUUCACAGUGUCGAAGAAGAUUCAGAUUUGGAUGUACGAGAACGAACAAAAACAGCUCUACACCAAAUCCGCAAAUAUAUAAUGGCAUAG